CAGCCAGCUCGUGCCUGUAACUCGAGCGGCGCAGGGGCUGACAAUGCGCGAUAUGAUGUGUGCGCGAUUAUGGCCCUCAACCUCCAGCGCUUCCUCAACUUGACAUUCUUUAUCUUCCUUUCGGUGAUCCUCUUCUUUCUGAUCAUCCUGACUCCCGCCGACGCCAUCUACCAGUGCUACAUCACCCGCCGCCUCACGAACAUCUUUAUCAUCACGGGCGGCUACGUCGUUACAUUCAUUCUCGCCAUCCUCAUAUACGCGACCCGUCUCUAUACCAACCGUACCGUUCUAUCCGGCAUUCCCAAGGCCUGGAUCCCCGUGGAGAAGGAAGAUGUGGGCAAGAGCGUGCGACGACUGGUGAAGGAGGGCCUAGCCCACAGCGCGAUCAUCGCCUACCAAGCCCGCCCGCGGGACCUGGCCGCCGACGGGGAUGCCUUCGCCAACUACGAGUCGCUGCUGAUCGACCGCGACCACCCACCCUGGGGUCCCAUCGAACACCCUGGCUGGUCGUCGCCCUCGUGCGCGGAUCUGCCGGACCUCCCGUACCGGACCGUGAUCCAGGAACUGCCUCACCUGAUCGAAGCCAAAGCCGUCUCCCUCGCUCCCCCCGACCCAAUCUUCGCCGGGGUGCAUCAGUCCCUCCGCGCGCCGUUCUCCGACGCCGAUGAGUCGUUCCCGGACACCCGGGUGGUGGAAGUCCUGCGGCGACCGGUCUCCAUGGGCCUGCGCGCGUACCUGCAGCACCUCGCGUCGCUGGAUGUCGUCCGACCGCCGGAGGUGGGCGCGGAGUUCAUCGCGCGCUACGAACGGGCGCGCUUCUCGUCGCGGGAUCUCCACGAGAACGAGUUCCGGGAGCUGAUGCACGUCUUUGCGGAGCUGCUACGGGGCAUGACGGGGCUGGAUCCGCGGGUGCUGGCUGAGCUGCAGGCGGCGGAGGAGGAGGACGGAGCCAGCAGUCAGACGGAGAGCGAGUCCAUCAUCGGGCCCUCGGACGAGGAAGGGGAGACGGAGACCAUCGAUUCGUUUCAGGAUAGUGAGGGAGUGUUGUCCCGCGGGCGCAGCAACAGCCUGCGGCCGUCGAAUGCCUCGUCCUGGGAUGCCCGGUCCGCCGCCAGACAGCACGGGCGCUGGUCGCCUGUCUGGUCGCGGCGGCCGACUACGCGUGGUCGGGCCAUGGAGCCGCCGCGGACGCCAUCGAUGCGCUCGCUUAGGCGACUGCCGUCCAACAGCUCUGGUGGCAGCGUCAUUCAUUUGGUUGAAGCCCGGGGACCGUCGGAUCUGCCGUAUGCCUUUAAUUUUGGAGGGUCGAGGGAACGCCUUUAAUCCCGAGUUCCGAGCCCCUCUGCUAGUGGUGGGGGGAAAGGAAGCUAGUUUAGAUUUGAUCAUUAAAUCCGAGGAGUAACGCAAUUCAUUAGUUUCGUCAUACUCUCGUUGGUCUUGUUCAAUGUCUAGGUCGGGAUGGUCUCCCCCACUUCUUCCGAGCAGCUCGGCUUUUCGGGCUCAAGGCACGUGAUGUCCACCAAUCGGCGCAUCGGCAAGCGAAUCUUAGUCAAUUAUUCCAUCAUCAGUGUUUGU